AUGGCGGCAGCCGCAAAGAAGGCGGGGGCCGGAGGCGGUGCAGCGCAGAAAAAGGUUGAGCGCAAGUACUCCGCAGUCGAGCUCGGCGACUACCUCGUCGGCUCGCCAGUCUUUGUGCGCGCCCCUGAGAAGGAGGAGCUAUACGUGAAAGCCAUUGUCAAAAGCAUCAGCGGAACGCAGCUCACAGUCGACGAUGACGGCAACGCAAAGACCGUCGAUGUCUCGCAGUGCCUCAACGCAAACGUCGGGAUUGAUCCUGCCACUGUCGUUGAUCUCGCCAAACUCCCUCACGCCAACGAAGCGUGCGCGCUAGAAGUCAUCCGCGAGCGUUACGUGCGCGACCAGAUCUACACCUACGCAGGGCGCCUGCUCGUUGCGACGAACCCAUUCAAACUGAUUCCGGGGCUCUACGAGCCGACGACAAUCACAAAGUAUCAAAAUGCAGACACCUCCCGAGGCUUUCCUACAGACGUGCCUCCGCACACCUACGCGGUUGCACAGACGGCCAUGGACAUGCUCAGAGUCACGAAGGAGAACCAGUCAUGCGUCGUUAGUGGCGAGUCCGGAGCCGGGAAGACCGAGACAGCCAGACAGCUCAUGCAGUACUUCGCCACAUCGAAGUCUGGAGCGGGUGGCGCGCGCAUUCAGGAAAUUAUUCUCGGAGCGAACCCGCUGCUGGAAGCUAUCGGGAAUGCCAAGACGCUUCGCAACAACAACUCGUCCCGUUUCGGGCGUUUCGUCACUCUUGACGUCGCGCCGACUGGAGGUAUUCACGGAGGUAUCAUCAGCAACUACAUGCUUGAGCUCUCGCGUAUUGAGUUCCAGGGUCAGGGCGAGCGGAGCUACCACAUUUUCUAUCAGAUGAUCAAGGGCCUGAAGCCCGAUGAAUUGGCCAAAUGUGCCCUCAAAGCGCCGACGGAGUACGAGUUCCUCAACAAAUCUGGGUGCUACGAAGUCGAGACGGUCAACGACUUGAAAGAGUUCGAGGAAGUCCGCCAACAGCUCAAGCUCCUUUACGCACCCGAGGAAGAGCUCGACUACUUUAAGUGUCUCUCAGCUGUCCUUAUGGCUGGAAACAUAAAAUACAAAAACACGCAGGCGAUGGGAACAGACAAAGCCGGCAAGGUUGUCAACGAGGACGACUUCAAGACUAUCGCCUCUCUCCUUGGAGCAGACCAAAAUGCCCUGAACGAAGCUCUUACCAUCAACGUCGUGGAGGUACAGGGGAACGUGAUUAAGUCGCCCCUUUCGGCUGAGCAGGCGACCGUUAUGAUUCGGUCUAUGGCUAAGGAGCUCUACAGCACGCUGUUUGACUACAUCGUCAAGAGCGUUAACAAACAAAUCAAGUUCGACGCAGAAGCCAAGGCGUGGAUUGGCAUUCUGGAUAUCUACGGUUUCGAGUUUUUCCAGAAGAACUCGUACGAGCAGUUUUUGAUUAACUACGCAAACGAGAGGCUUCAGCAAUUCUUCAUCCAGCAAGUUUUCCAGGCUGAGAAAGUGGAGUACGAGGCAGAGGGUAUUGAUCACUCAAUGGUCGUCUACUCCGACAAUGCGACGGUGCUUGAGGUCUUUGACAAACCGAAGGCAGGCGUUUUCGCUUACCUCGAAGAGCAGUGUCUGAUUCAAACUGGUACAAGCGAGUCCUUUACGGCGGCCUGCCACAAGAACAUCAAGAACCCUUGCUUCCAGAUUCCCAAGGGUGACGCCAGAGUGACUUUUCUCAUCGUCCACACCGCGGCGCCGGUCACUUACGACACCACGGAGUUCGUUCCGAAGAACAAAAUGCGUCUGCCAAACGAGUUGUUGAUGGUCUUUAAGAGCGCGACAAACUCUUGCAUGAAGAACGCGUUCGAGGAGAUCGAAAUCCCCGACACGAAAAACAUGCGCGGAAAGUUCGUCGGAUCCAAGUUCCAGAAAUCCAUGACUGGCCUCAUGACCACCCUCAAGUCUUCGCACGCGCACUUUGGCAGAUGCAUCAAGCCGAACCAGGUGAAGAAGCCGCGCGUUUUUGAGACGGAAACCACGUUGGGACAAAUGAUCAGUUUGUCGGUGCUCGAAGCCGUUGCGAUCAUUCACAAGGGUUUCGCCUACCGCGCGAGUUUCCACGACUUCGUCGAGGACAACAACGUGCUGAUGAGUGUUCUCGGCGCCAAAGUGGAAGGCACAGAUAGCAAGAGCGCUUGCCUCACGAUGUUAGACAGGCUCGGUAUUCCGAAGGAGGAAUAUCAGCUGGGUAACACAAAGAUCUUUCUGCGCAAAACUGGUUGGCUCAUGAUUGAUAAGCAUUUCCGCACGGUCAUGGCGAACUUGAAGCCGCUCAUCCUUACGCUUCAAAACGUCUACAGGGCCUACAAGGCGAGGACGCUCUACACGGGCUUCGCGAACCGCGUGAUCCGCGUCCAGGCUCUCAUGCGUCGCUAUGACUUGCGCAGAGCGGCGAUGAAGAAGGGCGCUGCAGUCCGCCUCUUCGCAGGCUCCAUCUUCUUCAUGAUGUUUUGCAACCUCGAGGAACGCCGGCAGCGCGCCGCAGUUCUCAUCCAAAAGGUGUACCGCGGUCACAGCGUCAGGAACAGGACAAGAAUUGCGAUGCGGCAAGCCAAGGCUCGCGCUCUCAUGAAGCGAGCGGCUGUGAUCGGUUACGCAGGCGUCGGCGGCCUGCGGUGGAAGAAGUUCAUGGUUUCGAAGCGGCAGGUUCGCGCGGCGACGCUCAUUCAGGCCAACUGGCGGAGGUGCAUGGCUCAGAAGCUACGCAAGCAGCUGAAAUACGAAAAGAUUCGAAACGACGCGGCGACAGACAUCCAGCGCGUCUGGCGCGGCUACCUCGGCCGGCUGCGCGUUCAACUCAUGCGACUGCUCACCCCCUACGCCACCACCAUCCAGAGGUUCUGGCGCGGCUACCGCGUGCGCAAAUCGCCGUCAUAUCGAGCGCAUGCGAAAAUAUUCGGUAAGAUUCGCCAAGGCUUCAUCGAGGACCGCGCUCGCAUCGUCAUCCAAAGCUGCAUGCGUCGCUACAUCGUUUUGUCGAGACUCCAAAACGUCACGCAGGCUGCCUACAGCAUGCAGAAGUUCGCACAAGCGAAGCUUCUGCGUCUCUACGUUUCCAAUGUUCACGCGGCGACCCUGACCAUUCAAGCCUGGUGGCGCGGAAACCGUGUGCGCCGCAUUCUGCAGGAAGAAAAACUCAAGCUGGUGCUUGCAGGACAUUUGAUGCGCGCUGAGAAGCAGAGCUUGCAAGAAUGCCAGGAAGCAGUCAUGCUGUUGAGAGAACGGGAGAGACGAGGAAUGAGCGAGAAGGGCUGGCAGCUCAUCCAUGUCAACGUCAGCGUCGAGAGGGAUGACGUGUAUCCACAAGGCUGGACUGCGGGCAUUCGGGCGGUAGAGAACUUCAAUCCCUCGGCGACUCUCGCGCACAUCGAGAUUAGCGCUUUCCACACUGUGGUGGCGACCAGCUCGGGCUACGUCUACACCUACGGCCUGAACGACCGCGGGCAGCUUGGGCUCGGCAAGUCUUCGCUCGCGGGCCUGCCUGUCCCCCGCCAGCCGAUUGGAGGCCUCGCGCUCCCCAUCAGCGUUAAACAAAUCAGCUGCGGCGUGGACCACACCCUCCUUCUCGACGCAGACGGGCGCGUCUUCGCCUGGGGAUCCAACCGCUACGGUCAGUGCGGGUGUGCGCCUCGGCAGGAAGUCGUGCCAAAGGCCACGGCAGUCGCGUUCAGUGCCUCUCGCUCUGGAGCUGGGUCGCUCUCGCGAAGAAGAAUACUGACCUUAAGCGCUGGAGCAUAUCACAACGCCGCCGUCGACGAGACGGGGCGCGUUUACAUGUGGGGUCGUGGUGAGCACAUCUAUAUUCGAGGCGUCUUCAGCGACGUUCCUUUGCCGCUGUGGGUCUCACACGAGUCGAUAACUGACCUGGGUCCGCUCCGUCGCGUCGAGUGUGGUCUGGGCUUCACAUAUCUUCUCACGAAGGAGGGCUCGCUUUACGUCUUCGGGCAAGCGACGACGGGCCAGCUGGGACUGGGCAGCAAGCGCCGGAGCUCCCGAGUCGCCGUCCCGGUGCAAAAUGUGGAAGAGCGCGUGACCGCGAUCAGCUGCGGCGUUCACUCGACGCUCGCUGUCACUGCGGACGGCACCGUCUACCAGUGGGGCGUGUUCCUGCUCUGGGAUCCCAACGCUCAGGUCUGCGUGAAGGCGCAGUCCUUUGUCCCCAUGCCGGUCGAUCUGCAAAGGGGCAACGUGACCGGUAUUCCGGUAGACGUCAAAGUUGGCUGGUGGGAAGGCGUCGUCCUCACCUCUGAUGGCCUCCUCUGGGCUUGGAGCUUCUUCGAUCAACCGCGCGAAAACGUGCUGCGCCCGGCAGUGUAUCAGUACAUUCUGACGGAGAGGCAGUGCGUGCGAGCGGUUCAGGUCGUUUCAUCUCCGCUCUUUUCGGCCGUUUUCUCGAAGCUCGAUGUCGGACGAAGCUCUGACAAAGCGCGCGUCUCUGCGUCGGCGCCCUCUGCGCUUCGCACGAAACCCGCGAUUAAUCCCAACUGGGAUCCGUUAACCUACAACUGA